ACGCUGCAUUAACUCGUCCCUCGCUGUUGUAUCCGGCUUUCAGUAGCCAUGUCCCGGUUGUGUGCGCUGCUCUUUCUCCCGGCCCUCUUUGGGUCGGUUUUUUCAAUUUCUUUCUACCUGCCCGUGAAUUCUCGAAAAUGCUUGCGGGAAGAGAUCCACAAAGAUGUGCUGGUGACGGGGGAGUAUGAAGUCAGCGAGCAGCCCAACACCAAAACAAAUUUGAAGAUCACCGACUCUUCUGGCCACCUCCUGUAUUCGAAAGAAGAUUCCUCGAAAGGGAAGUUUGCCUUCACCACUGAGGACUAUGACAUGUUUGAAGUUUGUUUUGAGAGUAAAUUCCCUAUGGGAACAGGCCGAGUUCCAGACCAGCUGGUCAUUUUAGACAUGAAGCAUGGAGUGGAGGCUAAGAAUUAUGAGGAGAUUGCUAAGGUGGAGAAGCUGAAGCCCCUGGAGGUUGAGUUGCGGCGGCUAGAAGAUCUCUCCGAAUCCAUCGUCAAUGACUUUGCCUACAUGAAGAAGCGUGAAGAGGAGAUGAGGGAUACAAACGAGUCCACAAACACCCGUGUGCUGUAUUUCAGUAUCUUCUCCAUGUGCUGUCUGAUCGGACUGGCUACGUGGCAGGUCUUCUAUUUGCGUCGCUUCUUCAAGGCAAAGAAACUCAUCGAGUAAAUGUUUGGAUUUCAGCUGGAGAAAAGUCAAACACGUGGCUUAGCUAGCCACCAACAAGUGAUCAGCUGGUGAAUUUAAUAUAUUGUAGUUGGGGAAGUUAAUUCAAGGGAGUCUAGAACAGCACAUGUAUAAUGUGGUCAUUCGGACAAGGAUUCAAUUUACCACUGAAACGUUCUUUUUAUUCAUUACCUUGUCUACCAAUUUCUCAAGGUAGCAUCGUUUAUAACACGCAAAUGGCUUUGUAAAUAAUUUUGGUUCUAGGAAUUUCCAAGUUUAAAAAAAAAUUCUCCUAGUUUAGUGAGUGAUCAGAAUAUUUAAGUUUCCUUUCUGUCCAAAGUCACUGAAAUGUUUUAACUUGACAAAUGCAUUGCCUGUUGACAGAUUUAUGACGCAGAACAUUUUUUUUAACCAUUAAUAAAAGAUUAGUCAACAUGCCAAAUGGAUUGUCAUAGUUUUCAUUUAUGUAAUUAUUACUUCAUGCAAAGUCUUUUUCUGCCUAAAUAGAUGCUUAUGUUUCUUUCUGCUUUUUUCCCCCUUUUUUUAAAAUAAAAAAUAAUCAUGCUAGGGACAUCCAUAUGCAGGUAAAAAUAUACGUUUAGCCCAAGAGUUAACCUGUAUUCAUGAGGUCCAAAAUAACUUUGGCUCAUCAACACUGUAGUUACAAAUGUCAGCCUCUGGACUAAUUGUAAUACACUGAUCUAGAGUAGAUGAGCUUCAUAAUACUAUUAUAAAGCAUGUUUUCCUUGAUUUUUUUUUUUUUUUUUUUUUUAAUAUGUUCAAGUAGGACUGUACAUAAAAAUAUUCAAUGUCAGGUAGUUCAAUAAAGGUCAUCUUGUGGUUGUGUUUGGAGUGGCGGCCAACAAUUGUGCAAAUGAAAAACUACAGCCCCCCCCCCCUUUUUUCUUUUCUUUUAAUGCAGCUGAUGGGUAGUGAUAUGCAUAUAAAUGUUUAAAUUUACAGAGUUGUGGUGUUCAGUUUUCAGAAGGUCAUAAUUUUUUUUUUGUGGUAUAAUGGGUCUAAUUGUGUGUUUGUUUUUUAAUCAAAUUAAUUUUCCUGCAGUUGUGACGAGUGGUCCUGUGGCUACAACAGUGAUUAACUGUAAUUACCUGAAAUUUAAAUUUGUUUCUGCUGUUUUAAAUAAAAAAUAAAAAAGGUAAA